UUAUAUGAACCUUCUUUCUCGCUUUGUGUUCGGAAUAAAUUUGGAACACUGACUUGAUUAUUGAAUUUGGAAGAUGCAUGACAAAACUGUAUUCUAACAAAAAGUGAGAAAGAGGUUCAUAUAAGAUAUUAACAAAACUAGGUGUUACUAUCUUAGUAUUAUCCUUCUCAUCGCUCACAAAUUCAACCUAACUUGAGCAUUGAAACUUAAUUUAUAGAGUACAUUACAAUGUUACCCAUCAAUUGUAAACAAGAAGAACAUUAAGAAAACUCAACGUGCCUAUUUAGACCCAACAAAAAGGCACAUUGUACAUCUUGCCUAAAAAAGAUAGGCAACAAUCAUCUUUUUAUUAUCUUAGGAGUUGCAUGGAUGUUAGGGUUGGGCGUGAGAUUUAAUACCAUAUCCAAUAUAUAUGGAUUAAAUUCAAACCCGCUACUUUGUAGCCUGAUAGUUAGGUUUCUGUCACUAUAUAAAUAUUUAGAUAACAUAUGCAUUUGGUUCUUUAUAUGAACCUUCUUUCUCGCUUUGUGUUCGGAAUGAAUUUGGAACACUGACUUGAUUAUUGAAUUUGGAAGAUGCAUGACAAAACUGUAUUCAACAAAAAGUGAGAAAGAAGGUUCAUAUAAGAUAUUAACAAAAGUAGGUGUUACUAUCUUAGUUAUUAUCCUUCUUAUCGCUCACAAAUUCAGCCUAACUUGAGCAUUGAAACUUAGUUUAUAGAGUACAUUACAAUGUUACCAUCAAUUAUAAACAAGAAGAACAUUAAGAAAAUUCAACGUGUCUAUUUAGACCCAACAAAGAGGCACAUUGUACAUCUUUCCUAAAAAAGAUAGGCAACAAUCAUCUUUUUACUAUCUUAGGAGUUGCAUGGAUGUUAGGGGUUGGCGUGUGAUUUAAUACCAUAUCCAAUAUAUAUGGAUUUUUUUUCAAACCCGCUACUUUGUAGCCUGAUAGUUAGGUUUCUGUCACUUUAUAAAUAUUUUGAUAACAUAUGCAUUUGGUUCUUUAAAUUUAAAAAAUCCACAUUUCAGAUAUCGCAAAAUCCCCAAUUUUGAAUACAAUUUUGUCAUGCAUCUUCCAAAUUCAAUAAUCAAGUCAGUGUUCCAAAUUCAUUCUGAACACAAUAAUAAAAUAAAUAAACCGAAUAUGUUAUAUUCCGUCAUUAUAUUCCAUUGACAAAUGAUGACAAAAGCAUAUAGAUGGAUUACUACCUAAAUACCCGUAUUUACCAAUCCUAAAAUAGUCAUAAGAUCACUAAUUAGUAACUAAAAAUUUGUCAUCGUCACCUCUAAACGAGGAGCACACGAACGUUGAUAACCGCAAGGGCAAAUUCGGAAAACCCUCUCACAACUGAAAAAGGUUCUGAUAUGGACAACAGCCGUCGCGUUGCGUCACCGUAAUAAAAAGUCCGAUUUCCACUGCUACCCUCCGUCAGAUUCUUCCCCCCUUUUCGCCACCGCAGCUAUAAAUAGCCGUUGCUCUGUAGCAGCCGGCAGCCAGUAAACAGAGAAAACUUAAGCUGUUCAGUUGCAGAGAGACGGCGAGCGAUUGAGGGACUCUAAUCGGAGAGAACCUAAUCGAAUUAAAUCAAGCUCUCAUCGGCUGGAACAGUAAUGCAGAGCUUUGGAGUAGCACCUCACAACCGGCUGUCACCGGCGAGCCUCGGUCACUGCCUGAUUCCUCCGUUAGCGUUUCCCGUGGCCGGCAUUUCGCUGCGGAGGCCGAGGUCGGCGUCGUUCUCUUCCGUCCUGAGAAUCAAAUGCGUCGCGGCCUCGGGUACCAGUUCUUCGAUAGCUGUAGAGCCAGCAGAGUUCAUGGAAGCAGCUAAAAAGGGGAAUUUGAUCCCACUGCAGAGGCAGAUAUUCUCAGACCAGCUAACUCCAGUCACGGCUUAUCGGUGUCUGGUGCGAGAAGACGAUAGGGAAGCACCGAGCUUUCUCUUUGAAUCCGUUGAGCCAGGUUUUCGUGUUUCACGCGUGGGGAGGUAUAGUGUGGUCGGCGCCCAGCCUGCCGUUGAAAUUGUGGCGAAAGAGAAUGAAGUUACCAUCAUGGACCAUGAACGUGGCUUGCUCACUGAACAAACUGCUGAAGAUCCAAUGACGAUUCCCAGAACCAUCUCAGAAGGUUGGAAGCCGCAGCUGGUGGGCAAUCUCCCUGCAGCAUUUUGCGGUGGGUGGGUUGGUUUCUUCUCGUAUGACACGAUUCGAUAUGCGGAGAAGAAGAAGCUGCCAUUUGCAAAUGCUCCUGAGGAUGAUCUAAACCUUCCCGACAUACAUAUCGGUCUCUAUGAUGAUGUUAUUGUCUUUGAUCAUGUUGAGAAGAAAGUACACGUGAUCCACUGGGUUCAUACAGACCAGUACUCAUCUGCAGAAAGUGCUUAUGCCGAUGGAAUGAAACGUCUGGAAACACUUGUAUCCAGGGUGCAGGACAUUGACCCUCCGAAGCUGUCUCCUGGGUUCGUGAAUGUACAAACGAGCAAAUUCGGUCCUUCAUUAACGAAGUCAAGCAUGACAAGUCAAGAGUACAAGGACGCUGUACUGAAAGCAAAAGAGCACAUCCUGGCUGGGGACAUUUUCCAGGUGGUUUUGAGUCAGAGGUUUGAACGUCGAACGUUUGCCGAUCCAUUCGAGGUCUACCGAGCUUUGAGAGUUGUGAAUCCCAGUCCUUACAUGGCUUACGUGCAGGCAAGAGGGUGCAUUUUGGUUGCCUCCAGCCCUGAAAUUCUCACGCGGGUGAAACAGAACAAGGUAGUAAAUCGGCCACUUGCCGGAACCAUCAAAAGAGGGAAAACAGCAGAGGAAGACGAAGUCCUGGCGAAGCAGCUCCUCGACGACCCAAAGCAAUGCGCCGAACACAUUAUGCUCGUCGACUUGGGUAGAAACGAUGUCGGAAAGGUCUCGCAGUAUGGCUCAGUCAAGGUCGAGAAACUAAUGGAGAUCGAGCGGUACUCCCAUGUCAUGCACAUAAGCUCAACGGUGACAGGGGAGUUGAGGCACGACCAUACCUGCUGGGACGUACUCCGGGCAGCUCUGCCGGUGGGCACGGUGAGCGGAGCUCCGAAAGUGAGAGCCAUGGAGCUGAUAGACACCAUGGAGGCGAAGAAGCGUGGGCCCUACAGCGGAGGUUUCGGUGGGAUUUCGUUCAUGGGGGACAUGGACGUGGCUCUGGCUCUCAGGACGAUGGUGUUCCCCACCGGAGCGAGGUACGACACCAUGUACUCGUACCAAGACACCGCACAUCGGCAGCAGUGGGUAGCGUAUCUCCAGGCCGGCGCUGGAAUCGUGGCCGACAGCAUCCCCGAGGACGAGCACAUCGAGUGUCAGAAUAAAGCCGCAGGGUUGGCUCGGGCGAUUGACCUGGCGGAGUCAGCUUUCCUCCCGAGCCAGCAGCCACGAAGUAGCCGGGAACGUAAGGCUGUGGAUGGGAAUUGAGGGACAAUUUACCAGGGGUUGGCAAGGGAAUGGUUGGCGAGCAGAAAUGCUGUGUGGUAUGCAGAAGAUUGACGCUAGGGUCGUAGCUCGUGCUUUUACCAGGCGGGUAAGUUUUGAGGUAACUAGAAAUGGAGCAUGGCAGGUUCUCAUAUACCAAUGUUCGACAUUAGCACGAGUCAAAUUGAGUAAUAUUUGAAUGGAGACUAAUUAAAUAGAGUCCUAUUCUGAUAUGUAAUUAGAAAAAAGAAUGUAAUUAGAUCGGCGGAUCAAUUAGUAUGGACUGUCACUUUUACAUUUCAAUCUUGUAACCUCCUAUCGAUUUACAAUCUAUUUAUGACAAAAAAUAAAAAGAAGUUAAUAACAGGGAAGGACGAAAGGAAGAUAAAGAUCCCAUUCUACUACAUCCAUGCUAAUUGCUAGCAAGGUAAGAAAUUGUAAAAUCGCAC